CGAAGGACGAAAAUGGAAUCGCGCAAAAUACUUGUUGUUUAUAAUUUAUUUACUUGAAAAAUAUAUAAAAUUUCUACAAAAUGGGUACGCAAAAACCCGGAGAGUGGGCAAAUUCACUAAUAGCACGAUUCGAAGAGCAGCUUCCUUACAAGACAGGGGCUCAAAACCUUCAUUCCCGAAUCAAUGAGGAGCAAUGUAAAGCAUGCUUGGUACAAAUCAGUCGACAUCGAUUUUCUCUGGUCAUCGCUGGCCUUACAAAGAUCUUACAAAGAGUCAAUGAAUUGUAUCAGCCAACAAUUUCAUCAUGUGUGAACCGACCGCAAACAGAGCUGGAGAAAGGCUAUCAUGAUAGCCUUGUUAUUGUGCUGGAUACAUUGGAAAUCUGUCUCAGUUCACAACCCAAGGAUACCACAAAGUAUGAUGAAGCUAUGAAUGUUAAAAUACUGCUAAGGGAGGUCUGCCAAUUUAUUGAUAUGCGAAAUGAAAGUAAUAUAAGCAACACACUGUUGAGGCAGCUAGCCAGUAAGGUGCUCUUUGCAUUGAGCCUCAACUUUUUUAAUGCUGUCUUCAAUAGAAUUAGUGCCCGAUUGCAGGAGCUGGCAUCCAGUUCUGAAGAAAACCCCGAUUACACAGACAUAGAAUUAAUACAAUACAUAAAUGUGGAUAUAUUAAGGCUUAUACGGCUGCUUACAGAAUCCAUACAGAAGUUUAAGCUACUAAGGAAAUCAGCUCACAUAGUACUGGUUUCCUCACUUGAAAAGGCUAUAUGGAAUUGGAUGGAUACCUAUCCUCAAGAGUUUGCGGAAGUGCAGUGCCGGCCUAACGAGGAGCUGAGCAAGUGCUGCGACACGCUGUUCGAUCUGCUGCAGGACUGCUUCUCCGAUAACAAGAAGUCCCGCGUCGCCAUGUGGCCGCUGCAGAUCAUGCUGCUACUCUUGAACCCGAAAGUUCUAGAAGAAAUAGUAAACGCAGACAGUGGCGCCCCCUGCAGUCCAAGACACACAAAGAAGAAACAUUUUAUAGAUUCCGUUAAAAGAGGACUUAGUCCACAGAACAACUCAAAGCAAAUGACAGAGGCGGCGGUGGUGACUUGUGUCAAACUGUGCAAAGCCUCGACAUAUUUGAAUAUUGCCGAUUCAGGAAAUGUAACCUUUAUACUUGUCAAGUCUGUGAUCAAUGAUCUCAAGUCACUUUUAUUCAAUCCAUCAAAGUCGUACAUACGUGGGAACCUAAUAUCUGGAUAUUCGGAACUGGAUCUGAUGACAGAUUGCUUCGUAUCCUUGUUUCGUAUCAUGCCGCAUAAUAAUGACGCACUUAAAGUCUGUCUCAAUCUAAACGCACAUAUAUCUUACCACUAUGUGAUAGUUAAUUCUUUACUCAGAAUCAUAAAGCAGCCACGCUUACCAUGGUGGCCACAAAUAGAACUUUUAUAUCCAAGAGCUGCAGAACUGAGAGCCAUGUUCACGGACACAUUGAAUAAGGCCACACAAGGUUAUAUUGUGCAUACUCCACUUAGAAUGAUAUCAUUGUCUUUAAAAUCCAAGGAAGUACAAUCGAAGUUCAAUAAAUCGGAAGAAAUGCCAGCGUAUAGAAAUCUUUUAUUGUGUUUGGUGAAACUAAUACAUGCCGAUCCUAUGUUAAUGCUUAGUAAUCCAGGACGAUCUGGCGUUGAGAUCCAAUCAUCGACAACGGAGUUAAUAAAUGGCUUGGUAUCCCUAGUCCAUCAUACUGGUAUGGGAGAGAUUUCACAAGAGGCUAUGGAUGCUCUGUUAGCCUUGCACAGACCUGAUAGAGUCACAAUGUGGAACCCUGAAGCACCUUUGAAUACUUUCUGGGAUAUUAGUUCUCAAGUGCUGUACAAUAUAAGUCAGAAGUUAAUACAGCGUCAGAUCGGCAACUACCGCGAAGUUCUGCGUUGGUUGCGAGAUGUGUUGACUUGUCGCAAUGAGUUCCUCGCCAAGCACAAAGACUACGCCAACGUCGGUUCACAAAUACCGAUAUGCAAACAGGCGCAUAUCAAGCUGGAGGUGGUGUUCUUCAUGUGUCUAUGGUCUAUUGAUACGGACGUAGUGUUAGUGGCGAUGUCUUGCUUCGCCCUGUUGUGCCAGGAAGCAGAUAUCCGCUGCGGCUCGGACGAGAUCAGCACCCACUGCCUGUUGCCCAAUUACGCGGUCUUCCAGGAGAUAGCGCAUACUUCGACUGUGCUUACAACUGCAGCCAGCCAGGAUAUGGGGAGAGGGUGCUUUUAUAAAAAUAUACACAGUUCAGCCGCUCUACAGAAGCGUAUAAUGGCUUUGUUAAGAAAGAUAGAACAUUGCGUGAACGGCGUACAGCCGGUUUGGGAAGAGACAUUUCGAUGUUGGGACUCGCUAUGCAAGCUGCUACAGAAGUACCCGAAGGGUCAGAGCGAGCGGCCCGAGGAGCCCCCGGAGCCGCUGCACCGCGCUGUCGCAAAACGCCGCGUCUCACAUCACACCAGCAGCGAACACGACUUUGAAAUGCAAAUUCAAGAGUGGGCAAACAUAACGUCAUUUUUAUGCGCAUUGGGCGGCGUAUGUUUACAACGGCGACCUUCCACCGUAUGGUCGCAUCUGCAUGGUCUUGAUACGCGAAAAUACAAUGUAUUGGCAAACAGCUCACAAGAGGUUCAAUACUGUCCCGUAACACAAUUUAUCGGUCAACUUCUACGUCUAUUGUUAUGUAGCAACGAACGAUUCGGUCAGCAAAUACAAACUCAUGUGAAGGGUCUCGUCGGUCAUGAAAUGUCGCCCGCUCUAUAUCCUAUACUCUUUGAUCAAAUCAAAGCUAUUAUUGAUAAAUUCUUUGAUCAACAACAACAGGUAAUGCUAACAGAUAUAAACACACAGUUUGUUGAGCAUACAAUAUUUAUAAUGAAGAGUAUAUUAGACAACAAGAAGACAGGUCAGCCGACUGAACAUUUGAGUACUACUUCUAUUGAAGGCCUCAUGUUGGCUAUAGUCAAAUAUGUGCGUCAUUUGGACAUGACAGUUUUAUCUGUACAUAUAAAGACGAAGCUCUGUCAAGUUGUUGAAGCUAUGAUGAGUAGAAGAGAUGACCUCGCCUUUAGACAGGAGAUGAAAUUCCGCAACAAGAUGGUGGAAUACGUAACGGAUUGGGUGCUCGGCACCAGUCAUCAGAUAUCUCCGCCAUUACGACCUGAUGCCACUUCUAUAUCAAGAUACUUGGUGUGCUGCCGCGAGCUGGACCAGGCGUGUAUGGAGGCGGUGGCGGCGCUGCUGAAGGGCCUGCCACUGCAGCCCGAGGAGUCUGACCGCGGUGACCUCAUGGAGGCCAAGAGUCAACUCUUCCUCAAAUACUUCACAUUAUUUAUGAACUUACUGAACGACUGUAACGAAGUAGAGAUGGCGGAGGGUCCUGGCAGACUGGAGGCAUUACGGAAUGCCACCAUACAGGCCAUGUCUAACUUGCUCAGCGCUAACAUCGACUCCGGUCUCAUGCAUAGCAUUGAUCUUGGCUACCAUCGGGACCUGCAGACGCGCGCGGCUUUCAUGGAGGUGCUGACCAAGAUCCUGCAGCAGGGUACAGAGUUCGACACCCUCGCGGAGACCGUGCUCGCAGACCGCUUCGAGCAGCUCGUGCAGCUCGUCACCAUGAUAUCUGAUAAGGGUGAGUUGCCAAUUGCAAUGGCGUUGGCUAACGUGGUCAGUACGUCGCAAAUGGAUGAGCUGGCGCGAGUCUUCGUCACACUCUUCGACGCAAAGCAUCUGCUCGCGCCACUGCUGUGGAAUAUAUUCUAUAGAGAAGUAGAGGUAACAGAUUGCAUGCAGACAUUGUUCCGCGGCAAUUCUCUGGGUAGCAAGAUAAUGGCAUAUUGCUUCAAAAUUUACGGCUACGGGUAUCUGCAGUCACUAUUAGAGCCUCUCAUAUCGACAUUACUUGAUCAAGCUGAUGAACAACCGGAGCUCAGCUUUGAAGUAGAUCCAGCAAGACUUGACCCGAGUCAAGACAUAGAAGUUAACCGCUCUAACUUGAUAGAGUUGACCAAAGAAGUUUUCGACCGUAUCGUGAACUCUGCGGACAAGUUUCCGCCGCAAUUACGCAGCAUGUGUCACUGUCUUUAUCAGGUUCUGAGCAAACGUUUUGCCCAAUUUCCACAAACGAGCGUUGGUGCAGUGGGAACAGUUUUAUUUUUGAGAUUCAUCAAUCCUGCUAUUGUAUCGCCACAAGAAAUGGGCAUUGUGAGUCGACCUGUGCCGUCGCAAGUGAAGCGAGGUUUGAUGUUAAUGUCCAAGAUCCUCCAGAACAUUGCCAACCAUGUCGAGUUCUCAAAGGAGCAACACAUGCUGCCUUUUAAUGACUUCCUACGAGCUCACUUUGAAGCAGGAAGGAAGUUUUUCAUCCAGAUAGCAUCAGAUUGCGAGAGUAUAGAUCAAACAUCGCACAAUCUGUCCUUCAUAAGCGAUGCUAAUGUUGUCGCGUUACACCGGUUGCUGUGGAACCAUCAGGAGAGGAUCGGGGACUAUCUGUCCUGCAGCAGGGACCACAAAGCGGUUGGCAGACGGCCCUUUGAUAAGAUGGCAACUCUCCUCGCGUAUUUAGGCCCACCAGAGCAUAAACCUGUUGAAUCAACGUCAGGUCUUCUCUUCUCAUCUUAUGCUCGAUGGUCGUCUAUAGACAUGUCGUCGACGAACUUUGAAGAAUUUAUAGUAAAGCACAACAUGCAUGAAAAGGAAGAAUUCAAGAGUAUAAAGAGUCUUAAUAUCUUCUACCAAGCCGGUACAAGCAAAAUUGGAAAUCCUGUCUUUUAUUUUAUAUCCAGACGAUAUAAGAUAGGUGAAGUGAACGCGGACUUGUUGAUCUACCACGUGAUACUGACGCUGAAGCCGUUCUGUCAGCAACCAUUCGAGCUGAUAGUCGACUUCACGCAUACUAAUUCUGACAACAGGUUCAGAACCGAUUUCCUGCAGAAGUGGUUCAGUGUGCUACCAGAAGUGGCUUACAUCAAUAUCCAUGCUUGUUACAUCUACAACUGCAACGGUUGGGUGCGGGAGUACACAAAGUUCCAUGAGGCGAUACUAGCGCCAUUGCGGGGCAACCGUAAAUUAAUAUUCAUAGACAAUCAUACACGUUUGACUGAUUUCGUGGACAUUGAGCAGCAGAAAUUACCAGGCGCCACUCUCGCUUUAGAAGAGGACCUCAAAGUAUUCAAUAACGCGCUAAAACUUUCGCAUAAAGAUACCAAAGUUGCUAUAAAGGUUGGACCUACCGCACUUCAAAUAACAUCAGUUGAAAAGACUAAAGUACUAGGUUUGCCUGUCUUACUCAAUGAUGUAUACUACGCUUCUGAAAUAGAUGAGGUUUGUUUGGUGGAUGACAAUCAAUUUUCCUUGUCUAUAAUUAAUGAAUCAACACCUCUUAGCUUCAUACACAACGACUGCGAUAACAUCGUUCAAUCUAUCAUUCAUAUUCGCAACCGUUGGGAGCUUAGUCAGCCGCAAGACUCAGUGACAGUACAUCAGAAGAUCCGUCCUAAAGAUGUACCAGGGACGUUGCUCAAUAUGGCACUUUUGAACCUGGGCUCCUGCGACCCCAACCUUCGCACCGCCGCCUACAAUCAGCUGUGCGCCCUUACUGCCACAUUCCAUCUCAAGAUCGAAGGACAAUUGCUCGAAACCUCUGGUCUAUGCAUUCCAUCAAAUAAUACAAUUUUCAUAAAGUCAGUGAGUGAAAAAUUGGCACACAAUGAACCACAUCUUACUCUUGAAUUUCUAGAGGAGUGUAUACAGGGUUUCAGAGGAUCUACAAUAGAACUGAAACAUUUAUGUUUGGAGUACAUGACACCAUGGUUGGCGAAUUUAGUUAGAUUCUGCAAACCGUCAGAUGAAUCUAGACGUCAGAAGCAAGUGGCACAAAUACUAGAAAAGUUAAUAACUCUUACUAUAGAAGAGACGGAGAUGUAUCCGUCUGUGCAGGCAAAGAUCUGGGGCUCCAUUGGACAAGUGCCUGAGCUGAUUGAUAUGGUACUUGAUAGCUUUAUACAGAGAAGUGUUAAUUCAGGUUUGGGUUCGCCAAUGAUUGAAAUAAUGGCGGACACAGCGGUCGCGCUCGCUUCAGCCAACGUACAACUAGUCUCUAAGAAAGUCAUCGGACGCAUGUGUCGAGCCCUAUCCAAACUGCCCAAUAAUAUUCUGGGUCCCGUUACCCCGGCCACUGUGGUGGAUAAAACUUGUCACUCACCGACGGCGAUGUUAGAACAGCAUAUGAUGUGGGACGAUAUUGCUAUACUGGCUAGAUAUUUGUUGAUGCUGUCGUUCAACAACUGCCUGGACGUGGCUCGUCACUUGCCGUACUUGUUCCACACGGUGUCGUUCCUGGUGUGCUCGGGCACGGUGCCGAUGCGUGCCGCAACGCACGGUCUCGUCAUCAAUAUCAUUCACUCACUAUGCACCUGCAACACGCCCAGCUUCUCUGAGGAGACUCAGCGGCUACUUAUGAUGUCGUUGGACGAGUUCGCGCUGCCAAAGUUCUAUCAGAUGUUCGGCAUCUCCAAGGUCAAGUCGGCCGCCGUCACCGCCUUCCGCAGCCCCUACAAUCGUCACGGCGGGGACUGGUAUUCGGAACACUCGUACGGUCCGUGUACGGAGUCGUCCAGCGGAGGCACGAGUACAUCACUAGCGCCAUCUACCGCCUCACACACGCACACGCACUCGCACUCUGACCGCGAGCGUCUGCCGCUGCAGUCUCUGGAGACCAUCACUGACGCCCUGCUCGAGAUCAUGGAGGCCUGCAUGCGAGAUAUACCGCAUUGCGACUGGUUGAACACAUGGACAUCGCUAGCUAAAAGUUUCGCUUUCUGCUUCAAUCCCGCCUUACAGCCUCGAGCGUUGAUUGUCUUCGGGUGUAUAAGUAAGAACGUGAGUGACGACGACAUGAAGCAGUUGCUCCGGAUCCUGGUGAAAGCGUUGGAGUCGUUUAACGACUUGGCGCUGCUGGAGGCGCUCAUAAUGUGCCUCACCAGGCUACAGCCGCUGCUGCACCCAGAAUCACCAAUACAUAAGGCCCUGUUUUGGGUAGCUCUAUCAGUACUUCAGUUAGACGAACCCACUCUAUACGCGGCCGGGCUCGCCCUUAUGGAGCAAAAUCUCCAUACAUUGGACUCGCAAGGUGUUUUUGAUAACAAGACACUGGAACAAGUCAUGAUGGAAACCAGAGAACCUUUGGAAUGGCAUUUUAAGCAGUUAGAUCACGCUGUAGGAUUAAGUUUCCGUUCCAAUUUUCACUUCGCGCUGGUGGGUCACCUUAUCAAAGGGUACCGUCACCCGCAGGCGGCGACGGUGUCGCGUACAUGCCGCGUGCUCGCCGCGUUGCUCGCCACCGCCGCACGCGCACGUAGAGACAAGUUUCACGUCGCACCAGAGACUGUUGCUUAUCUUACAGCUUUGGUGUGCGUGAGUGAGGAAGUCCGUUCGCGGUGUCACGUGAAGCACUCUCUUCCAAAAUGGCUGCCGGACAACUGUGACCAUUACUGCCCAACUGCUGAACAUCAUCAGUCGUCGAUCCUGAUCCAGCCGACAUCAUCGACACACCCGUCAUGUCAGAGCCGCCGUCAGAAGUCCUGGGAUGUGCUCGACCAGGCUGCGUUGUCAUAUGCCCACGGUGGUAAGUCGCCGACUCAACAACAGUCAUCAAGCAGUGGUGGCCAUAGUCCUCAUAUGAUGACCAUAUCUCACCAGGAUAGUGAAGGUCGGGCACACAGCGUGCAGCACGGCGCUGCGGGGGAUGCUGCCAGAGAACAUGGGGAUGCUGAUAGCGGACUCGAUGGAGUGGACGACGACGGUCGAGGAUCACCAGGCAGCACUGAUGAUACCACUGAUAGACCUUCUUCUACCAAGUCCGGAGAUAGCGAUUAUCCAGAUACGUCUACAAAGCAAGCAUCGACUGACAAAGAUACCACAAGUCCAGAGAGCAAUAGCCUUUUGGAUCCCUCCGUGCUCUCAGACUUUACAACACAAGCGCUCGUUCUUACAGUUCUUGCCACACUGGUCAAGUAUACUACAGAUGAAGAUGAAAUAAGAAUAUUAUAUCAAUACCUGGCGGAAGGAUCUGUCGUCUUUCCAAAAGUAUUUCCAGUCAUUCACAGUUUACUGGACAUGAAGAUCAACCACGUGCUGAUGCACUGCCACGACCAGGUCAUACUGAGCGCGGUACAGAGCAUCAUACAGAAUAUGAUAGCUUCGGAGGACGCGAGCCAGCAACAGCUACAUUACAUGCAAAGUUGCGGAUUCGGAGGCUUGUGGCGAUUUGCUGGCCCUUUUACUAAGAACCAAUGCACAGCGGAGAGUAGCGAGCUAUUCGUGAACUGUCUAGAAGCUAUGGUGGAGACAUGUCUGCCGGGAGACGACAGUGUGCGACCUCGUGCUCCUCCACCUGACCCCGACCACCCCGACACUGCAGACCUGCGGUACCCAGGUGUACACAGACAGCCUACUAUAUACUGUUCAACACAAGAUACAUAGCAAAAGGCA